UCCUACGUCAUCAAAAGUGGCCGUGCGUCGCAUGAUGACGCCAUCGAGGAACCAGAAGCGGACCGGCGGACUUGGAUUUGCCGCGUCCCGCCAUAGGUUCGCAGGUCAAAGGUCGGGACCUUCGCCCUCGCCGCCUGGCAAGUGUCAGCAUGGACGCCGGGCCGAACCGAGCUCUGAGAGGACGAUGCGGAGCUCCAUCGACAACCUGCUGAGGAGUCCCGCUCGUGUCUGCUAAAAAGAUGGACGCGUGCACCGGGAGCCCGCGGCGGCCGGCGCCCGGCGAAGACGGCGGGCGGCGAUGCUCUCGGACCAACGGCUGGAGCUGGCCUCCUCACCCUCUGCAGAUGCUGGCCUGGCUCCUCUACGCCUACUUCGCCGCGGUCGGCCUGGGGGUCUUUGUGCCGCUGCUGCCCGCGCACUGGAUGCCCGCCGGGUACAUCGUAUCCUUGCGCUGGCGCGCCCGUCCGCCCGUGGCGCGUGAAGCUUUUUUUUUUUCCGACGCGUCCCCUCAGUGCACCGGCGUGAUGUUGGCGUGCCACCUGUGCGCUCACGUCACGGCGGUCAGCGUGGACCCGGCCGACCGCAACGUCAGAGCCAAAAGCCCGCGAGGUCCGCUUCCCGUCUUCGACCGGUCCGAGCGCGCCCACGUCAUCCAGAACUGCCACUGCUACCUGUGCCAGGUGGACGUGGGUCCCAAGUCAAAGCACUGCAGCGCGUGUAAUAAAUGCGUCGCUAACUUCGAUCAUCACUGUCGAUGGCUCAACAACUGCGUGGGAAGCAGAAACUACAAGAAUUCGAUCCUCUCGCGCGGGCGCAGCUUGUUCCUGUACAGCGUCGCGUCGGCCGUCUUGGGCGCCGGCGUCGUCCUGGUGGUUUCGUCGUACGCGCUGAUCGAGUUCUUCUUGGAGCCCGACAACCACUUCUGGGCGGCGAACGAGACCGAGUCGCGGGUGCCGCCGACCGCCGUGAUUCCUGCGCUGGCCGCCGUCACCGCGGCGCUGGCGCUGCUCGCCUGCGUGCUGCUGUGCCACCUGCUGGCCUUCCACUUCUACCUCAUGUGGAACAGGUUGAGCACGUACGAGUACAUCGUGCGCCAGCGCCACCGUCAGGACGGAAGACCGGCGAGAACCUCGGAGGACGUCCGCUCCAAGGACGCGGACGACUCUGAAACUCUGGGCUACACCGACCCUCCGCCGGAUGGGGGGGCCGCCGCACAAAGGUCAAAGGCCAACGGCAGCGCGAGGGGCGCGGCCGGUCCGCUUCUGGAGCUGGAAGCUCCGCCCACCAUCUCCGCAAAGCACACCGCCGUGCGGCGCACGUACACGCAGAAGAAGACGAAGAGGAGGAGCCCCCUCCCCGCAGGAGAAGGCGGGGCUCCGGAGCGCCCCGCGCCCCCCGUCCGGGCCGCCGCCCCCCCCGCCGAGUACCACUCGGACUCUGCCGAGUCCCUGGAGGAGGUCCCCGUGGCGCUGGACCAACUGGGCUCGUCCGCCCCGCGGGAGGAGCACGCCGCCGCUGCCGCCGUCUUGGCGGCGUCUUGUCCUUCUCCUUCCGUCGCUUGGUGGUGAGGAGGCCCCGGCUUCCCGUUUGCCCCGUUGUCGUGGCAACGGCCCCUUCAGAUCACGUGACCGCUUUCAUUUUCAUCUCCAUCUUUCCUACCGAUCGAAAGCGUUGCCGCCGCGUUUUUUUGGUCCGCCGGUCUCUCCUCCCGUCCAAGUCGUCUCCAAAUUCGGAGGCGAUCUCGAGCCUUCCCACGUUUGCGCUCCUUCGGUCCAUCUUCUUGUCAACGACGUGCAUUUCCAAAACUGCCCCCAAAUUUUCUGACCGUCGGAUUUGUGUCAGCCGUUUGUUCUCGUCGAGCCGAAAGAUGAUUUUUCACAAUAAAACUUGAUUCACGUUUCGA